AUGGCUUGUUUCGACCGCUUAUCAUUGGGUUUUCUUUUACACUUGUGCCUGUGGCUUUUUCAUCAAGUGGACGGCACCGUUAUUAAUAUUUAUUCAUCGUUAGAGCCGUAUAGUAUUUUAGCUAAUUUAAGUAGACCGGGAUGGACGAAUUACACGCUUGAAGCAUCGAACCCCGACGAACACACGACUCUUCAAAUUCUGUCUAUUGAUUCAACAAACGGAUUAUUGCGAAUGAUUCGCAAGCCAGACUGCACAUCUCUACAGCUUAAUCCGUUUAAUAUUUAUGUAUCAUCGAAUUCCAUUUUUAAUUCAGCAGAGCGGACUCUGAGACCUCUAACCGUGACAAUUUUUGGAAAAAACUGCUUUAGUAAGCUUCAGAGAAAAGUGUCUUGGACCGCUCCAGUCGGAACGCGUGUGCUUCGAUUGAAAGACUUCAUUCACGAAGAAGAUCCUGCGUCGCUAAGGCUUAGAGAUACACCAUGGAGAAAGUAUUUCAGAUUCGACGCCAAAUCCGAUUAUUUGGUGCUUCGAAAAUCGUUACUUGGACUUCAAGAAAACACUCUGGUAGUGGAGUUGGCAUUUCCGGUUGGUUCUGAGAAUGCGAGUGGAAAUAAACAAGUUCUUGUAGCGCGACUUGAGUUGUUUAUCGAUAAAAACGCAAACAAUUUUGCCAAGAAGGUACGCCGAUUUCGUCGUCGACCACAGAAAACAGCUCCCCGUUUCUCCAGCUCUCAGUUAAUAGCUAAGGUUAGAGAAAAUGGUCCCGUAGGAACAAGCGUUAUUACGAUUCAAGCACAAGAUACGAACAAUGGGUACGCUGGGAAAAUUAAAUACUCGAUGGAAGCGUCCCAGAAUUUACUCAGUCAGUCGUUCUUUGGGAUCGAUCCUAACACGGGAUUAAUAAAAACUUCAGCUUCUUUAGAUCGUGAAAAGAUGCCGACGCACUAUUUUCGUAUUAAAGCCGAAUACGAACAAGAAAGAUCGUUGUAUGCUGAAGCAGAUCUGACCAUCUAUGUCGAUGAUGUAAACGACAACGCGCCGAACUUCGAAUCAUCCUCCUACAGCAAAGUCAUACCAGAGGAUAUUUUUAUCGGAGAGACGGUCCUUGAUGUGCGGGCACGCGAUUUAGAUACAGGUUCCAAUGCAGAUAUCCGUUACAACAUCAUUAAUAAUAGUGGUGUUAACAGUGCAUUUGCAAUUGGUCAAAGUAGUGGUUCAAUAACUGUAGACAAACAUCUGGAUCGAGAAACUGUACAGCAAUACUCCCUUACUGUCCAGGCAAGUGAUAGUGCAUCCCCUCCUAAAACAGACCAGGCCACUGUGCGAAUUACUGUUACUGAUGUCAAUGACUGUGUUCCUCAGUUUUUAAAGAGAGAAUACUCCAAAAAGAUUCCUGAAAACAUCAAAACAGGGGAGCUAGUUUUGACUGUAAGUGCAUCAGAUGAGGACCUUGGCACCAAUGGUGAAGUCACCUACAGUUUUAGCAGUGGUAAUGACCAGGAACUUUUUUCUAUCAAUCAUCUUAAUGGUCAGAUCAAAGUAAACAAGAAACUUGAUUAUGAGUACAUUCCAGUGCAUACACUUUUUGUGAUGGCUCAAGACAAAGGUGAAUCGCCAAAUUACAACGAAACCUCAGUGGAGAUAUACCUUAUUGAUGUCAAUGACAAUGCACCUCAGUUUGUGAAUUCUGAUUUUCAAGAAAUGGUCUCGGAACGUGAGAGUGUAGGACACACCUUUACUCGUGUUACUGCAUUUGACGCAGAUGAUGGUACAAACCAACAGAUCAUUUACAGUUUAGUGGAGUCCAAUUUACCAUUCGGUAUUAACAGCCAAACUGGGGACUUGUACCUUACCAGAAAAUUAGACAGAGAGACAGUGAAUCAAUAUGUAUUUCACGUUAAGGCUGAAGAUAAGGGCAGGCCCCCUAUGAGCAGCCAAACUAAAGUGACUGUCAAUGUGGGAGACAUAAAUGACAAUCCUCCAAGAUUUUCAAAAUCCAUUUAUUUUGGAUCAGUGGAGGAGAAUGCUCGCUUUGGAACAACCAUUGUUCAGGUGACAGCUACCGACCCUGACCUUGGGCAGACUACCAUCUUUUACAGUCUCCAGAUAUCUAUCCCUAGUCAAAGACGAUGCUUUCGAAUUUCUGGUAAUGGUGUUAUAACAUUAUCAUGUAGACUGGACUUUAGCAAGACUAGAUUCUACUCGUUAACAGUAAAAGCUAGAGACAGUCAAUUGGAAAGCUCUGCAGGCGUGCGCAUUAAUGUAACUGAUUCUAACACUCACAAGCCCAUUUUCCAACAACGUAUUUAUAGACAAAGGAUCAGUGAGGCUACCGCAGUUGGUGGAAGGGUUCUUAUUGUCAAGGCAACUGAUGGUGACCAAGGAUUGAAUGCUAAACUGACCUAUGCAAUUGAACAAUCUCUGCAAAACUUUAAAAUCAAUUCUAAAACUGGCGAGAUUACUGUGUUGAGCCUUUUAGAUCGUGAAACAACUUCACAGUACAGGUUUGAAGUGAGUGCAACUGAUCAUGGUAAUCCACCAUUUAAAGGAACUGCUAAUGUACAUAUUACAGUAACAGAUGUAAAUGACAACAAACCAAGAUUUUUACAGUCCAACUAUGAAAAAUCCAUUCUGGAAAGUGUACGGCCUGGAACACGAGUUUUGGAAGUCUCUGCAGUUGAUGAUGAUGAGGGUUCAAAUAAAGCCAUUAUCUACUCAUUUGCAAAAAAUGGUAAAUAUAUCUAAUUUACUGUUUGAUAUUUUAUCAUGAGUUACAUGCAUAAUUAACCCUCAAAUAGGGUAAUUUAGUCUUAUCAACUGAGCUGGUAACAUAAAUUGGCCACCAUAAAGAGUUAUAAAGCUGAUGUUUCGAGUGUUAGCCCAUUGUCAUGGCUCUGAGAAAGGGCCAAGGCUUGAAACAUUAGCUUUGUAAUUCUUUAAGGUGGCCAAUCUGUACGUAAUCAACUCAGUUGAUAAUAAUGAAUUACCCUGUUAGAAUCCUCCACCAAUACAGCACCAUAGUUUCUUUAGAAACUUACCUCUCUUAACCCCCAAAUGCUUACAUGUAGUGCUUAUAGACAGAAUCUGUCCAAUAACAUAUUUCAAUUUCAGGUUUUCAUUUGUAUUUCCCUGUUGUUUUGUAGACAUUUAUAGCUUAGUAAUCCCUCCAUUGAGAUUGUUCAAAUUCUCCAUACUGUUCUCUAUACAUUUUCAAUGUUACCAACAAGGAGAGUUUGUAGAACAAUGAAGAGUUUCUUGGGUUUGUGAUCAUUUCCUUUUUUCAUGACCUCAGUGUUUGAUCCAGAGGUAAAACUGUUGGGAGUAAUUAGAUGUUUAUCAUUCUUAGGGAUUAAAGGGUUAAGAUGUAAAAACUGUUGCUUUUUUUUUACAACAUUCCAAAUCUUUUUUACUCAAAAUUCACGUUAAGCUACACUGUCUAACACUGGUGCAUGCCUAAAAUUUGUUAACAUGUUUUAGCAAGAGUGGGUGAAGAAAAAUCUAAUCAGUGACACCCUUGGCUGCUUCUUGUGUUCAACUAUUUUUUUGUUCUAUUUACAUUUUGACAUCUGCUGUGAUCUGAAGAGACCCAUGGCAACAUUGAAUGUGUUUGUUUUUACAGAAUAAUAAAAGCACAAUGUUGUUGGCCUUCUACAGCCUAACAUCAGUUUGCAUAUUCUCCAUACUGUUGUUUAUACAUUUCCUUAGGUGCUGAUAAGGAGAAUUUGAUAAACCAUCGAGAGCUUCUCUUGUUUACGAUCAUUUCCUUUAUUCUUGUGACCUAAAUGUGUAAUUCUGGGGGAUAUUUUAAGGAGAAAUUAGAUUCUAGUCACUCUUAGGGGUUAAAGGGUUGAUAGCUUUCAAGUACAGGUAUUGAUUAAGCCAUUUAUGAUCGUGUUCCUAUUAAUAUUUUUGGUUGUUGUUGUUGUAUUUUUCAAUACUCGUUUAGGUGAUGGAGGUGGUGCUUUUCAAAUUGACAGCAAUCAGGGAGUUAUCAGAACUUUGCUGUCACUUGAUCGUGAAACAAUUCCCGAAUAUGAACUGACUGUGGUUGCUGCUGACAAAGGCAGACCAUCAAUGAAAUCAACGGUGAAAGUCAAGAUAACAUUGGAAGAUGUUCGUGACAGUAAACCAAAAUUUGAAAAGGAUCCGUAUGUAGUGUUUCUUGAUGAAGAUGUGAGAAUGCGUUCCAAUGUGGUCACCGUUAAAGCAGUGUCCCAAGACCUUGUUCAAGGUGGUGAGAUUUUUUACAGCAUUGUGUCUGGCAAUGAUCCAUUAACAUUUGUCAUUCAGAGAAAUGGUGUGAUUAUGACCAAGAGAUUGUUAGAUUAUGAAACAAAACCUGAGUAUAUUCUAAAGGUGCGGGCAACAUCAUCGCCAUUCUUUGUUGAAACAAUUGUCAAUGUGACACUGAAAGAUGUAAAUGAUAACUCGCCUGUACUUCAGGAUUUCUUUGUUGUCAUAAAUGUUCGAGACGAAAGCUCUACUACACCGCCAAAGUUUAAAAUACCUGCAUAUGACCCUGAUGUUUCUGACCGUCUUACAUAUGAAAUCAGUGAAAUAUCACAAGGAGAUUGGGACAUGUCUUUGAACAGAACCACAGGUUAUCUUGAGGUCAAUCCCAAAGUCUUAGUCAACACAUUAGUAAGGCCAGUCCAACUUAAGGUUAGAGUUUCUGAUGGAAGGAAUAGCCUUCCCGCCAAUGGUAAAAUUUUUGCAACGUUGGUGACACCUCAAAUGCUCAACAACAGCUUUACCCUGGAUGUCCAUGAUGUCACUAUCAAAGAAUUCUUUGAUAAAUCCUAUGAGGGUCUUGUGAGGGGAAUUGCUUCUGCUGUGAAUUGUGAGGACUACCAGGUCAGAUUGUUUAAUAUAGAAUCAAGGAUAAUCAAGACAAAGUCACCACUUGAGGAUGAUAUUUCUAAUCUCAAGCUCUGGGCGGCUGUUUAUAAAAAUGAUCGCUUUAGCUUUUAUAGUCCUUUGUAUGUGAGAGACAUGGUGUACAUAAAUAUGGUACAGAUUUCCAAAAUGGCAAAAGUCACUCUCCUUCCUUUCAAAGAUGGCUUGUGCGUUGAUGAAAUAUGCAACUUCCCCCUACCAACAUCCAGAAAGAGCUGCUUGUCACACACUGACUAUACUGACAAAUCCAACACCUACAGUUCAUUAAAGGUGGUAUUCCGCUCAGUUGGAGUGCAAACUAAUUACAGAUGCCCCUGUGCUACUGACUAUCGAGGAGAAAGUUGUGACACAGGUUUAAACUUGUGCUACUCCAAUCCUUGUGGAAACAAUGGGAAGUGUGUGAGUGUAGAAGAAAGCUACUCUUGUAUAUGCAAUCCAGGAAGAACUGGUGUAAACUGUGAGAUUGACAUGUCAAAGAGCAAGUGUCCUAUAGACUCAAAAGCGACAGAAAAUCAUCUAAAUGCAAAUCCAUGCCAUAGUGAUGGUGGUUGUAAAAAUGUUCUUGGAAGCGGGUUCACCUGUCAGUGCAAAGAUCCGAGUGAAGUUGAUGGGUCACUGUGCCAACUGACAACGCGCAGUUUUGAAAAAGGAUCAUUUGUUGCCUUUCCAGGUAAGGAUUUAUUAGUAGUUAUGUGUACUAUAAAUCCUAGAAUAAGCUCUUCUACUUUACUUUAGUAAGCACCCCUUUUAAAACUUACCACUUCUGCAUGACUGCACUCUUUUUUACUGAAUUUGACUGAAUUUCACACUGUAUUGAGGAUGGAAGAAAAACUUACAGAAUUAAGACACAAUGAAUUUUUGAAUGUUGAGGUUUUGUACAAUCGCUCAAAGUUUAAAGUUAAGUGCUAGUCUUGUGCAACAAAUAGAUUAUUAAUAUAGGAGAUGGCUUGUAAUCAAACAAAUUAGUCACAUACACUAUGUUAGGGGCAGUGCGUUCCAAUCCAGGUGAACACUUCCACCUUGUAUUGGAGGAAAGAAUUUUAAUUUCAUGUGGUUUUUUCAUGUGUUUAACCCUCUCACUCCCAGAUCUCUAAAGUAAUUCUCCUUACUGUCUGCUGUACAGUUCUCAUGAUGUUAGUUUGGAGAAUUCAGUAUUGAAUCAACUAACAAUUGCCCAACUGAUAUUGCUCUUUAUUCUUAUCACUUAUCUUCCUGACAUUGUAUUGAUAUUGAAAUGAGAAUUCUGUCUUGGUCACUCUUGGGAGUUUAAGGGUUUAAGCUAUUAGUGUUCCACCCUUCAUGUAGCUCCUUCUAAAAGGUAAUUUUAUAUUAACCGAUUUCACCCAAACAUCAGUACCCAUAUUCUCUGUACUGUUCUCCGUACAUUUCCUAAGUUACUGACAAGGAGACUUAAUGUACAACAAUCAAGAGCUUCCUCAGCUGGUGAUCUUUUUCCUUUAUUCUAGUGACUUAAAUGUGUGAUUUAGGGGUGAUAUUGUAAGGAGAAAUUAGAUGCUAGUGACUCGUAGGGGUUAAAGGGUUGUUACCAAAUGGCACUGUUUGUAGUUUGUUUUGGGAUGAUGAUGAUGAUGAUGAUGAUGAUGAUGAUGAUGAUGAUGAUGAUGACUUUAUUUUUUCCUAGCAUUGAAACAAAGAUGGCGUUUACACAUACAGAUGGAGUUUACCACCACUGAGCACAGUGGGCUUUUGCUCUUCAAUGGACGGUAUGAUGGAAAACAUGACUUUAUUGCAGUGGAAGUGUGGCAAGGACAAGUUCGGUUCAGGUUUUCACUGUUUUCCCAUGAAGUCAUUGUUACAUCAAAUGUAAAUGGUGGUGUCAUUGACGGCAAUUGGCAUAAAGUAGAAGUGGCAUUUCAGAACAGGGUAAGAAUUUUUUUGGAAAAAUAUUUCCAAUGUAAAUACAGUUUAAUUCAUGAAUGUGAAUUACAAUUUAUUUAAUCAUGAACCUUCUAUACUAUGUGGGUCUCCUGCUCAGUUAACCCAUAAACUCCCAAGAUCUGAGUGUCAGUUCUCUCCUCUAGCUGUUGUACAUUUUUUUAAAAUUAGUUAUGAGAAUCUGGUGGUAUCAGAUCAAGAUAACAACUUUGAGUAUUCUCAUUACCUGUGUAAUGGAUAAGGUUUAGAUAUCAUUAUUACAUGUUAGUUACUUCUGGGAGUUGAAGGGUGAAGGAGGCAAUGAGAAAUUCAAUUUAUUUUGUGUUACAGUCUGUUGAUUUUUUUUUGGUAUUUUACAAUAUGCAAAGUUCUGAACUAGAUGUUACUCUAAAUUCAUAAACUAUUUCAAACUGAAACCUACAGGUGAAGUGUAAAACUACAGAUUGGAGCUUUUCUUGAGCAAGAUUCACGUGGUGGUUUCAAUAUGUUUAUGAGUGUCCUGUGGUUUUGUUGCUUAAACAUUUUUACUCUUAAGUUGUAAAGAUUCAAGUGUCAAGGGUCACCUCUCAAACAUAUCUGACCACUCAUGUUACCCCGAUAUUUGCUGGUUGCACAAGUAUGUGUUAGGUUCCUCAAUAUCAGAAAAAUGGACAAAAAUUGUUUUCUUUGUGGAAUUGUUUAAUGAUUUGAAGAGUGCAGUUUUGGAGUGGUGUAUGUUACACAAUACUUUUCAUUUGACAUUCCUUACAAUGUACAAAUUCCAAUCAUUUAAAUUGAUUAGAGAGCCUUAUCUCUUGGAGCUAAAAAUUGUUUUUUUAAGGAACAAUUUCAUGAAAUCACACACUCAAUCUGGGUUAAAUUUUGCUACAUGGAAGCCAAAACCUGAUAAAAAUCUAAAACGUAUGUUUUUCAUCAGUGAUUAAACAAACCACCCAAAAGACAUGAUCAACUUUGGGAUUAUCUGCUUCUCUGUGCUGAUAUUUUGAUAGAUAUUACUGGACUAUUUUAUAGAGCAUCUCAAUUAGGGUAAAACUCUAAACUUCAAGAAAGAUUUCAUGAAAAACAACACUUGCCUGUUUUUCCUCUUGAUCAUCCAUUAAAAAAACAACUCCACUCAAGACAAAAACAAAAAAAACAAACUUGAAAUUUUAAUAUGAAAACAACUACUACCUUCAUCGAUAACCUCUGAACUUAAAGAAAGUCAAAACAUAAAGGAAUGAAGAUAAAUAUUUCCUUCUCAGAUCAAGAAGGAAGCCAGAACCUGAUAAAAAUCUAAAACGUAUGUUUUUCAUCAGUGAUUAAACAAACCACCCAAAAGACAUGAUCAACUUUGGGAGUAUCUGCUUCUCAGUGCUAAUAUUUUGAUAGAUAUUACUGGACUAUUUUAUAGAGCAUCUCAAUUAGGGUAAAACUCUAAACUUCAAGAAAGUUUUCAUGAAAAACAACACUUGUCUGUUUUUCCUCUUGAUCAUCCAUUAAAAAAACAACUCCACUCAAGACAAAAACAAAAAAAACAAACUUGAAAUUUUCAUAUGAAAACAACUACUACCUUCAUUGAUAACCUCUGAACUUAAAGAAAGUCAAAACAUAAAGGAAUGAAGAUAAAUAUUUCCUUCUCAGAUCAAGAAGGAAGCCAAAACCUGAUAAAAAUCUAAAACGUAUGUUUUUCAUCAGUGAUUAAACAAACCACCCAAAAGACAUGAUCAAAUUUGGGAUUAUCUGCUUCUCUGUGCUGAUAUUUUGAUAGACAUUACUGGACUAUUUUAUAGAGCAUCUCAAUUAGGGUAAAACUCUUGACUUCAAGAAAGUUUUCAUGAAAAACAACACUUGCCUGUUUUUCCUCUUGAUCAUCCAUUAAAAAAACAACUCCACUCAAGACAAAAACAAAAAAAACAAACUUGAAAUUUUCAUAUGAAAACAACUACUACCUUCAUUGAUAACCUCUGAACUUAAAGAAAGUCAAAACAUAAAGGAAUGAAGAUAAAUAUUUCCUUCUCAGAUCAAUAAUCCAAAAAUCAUUUUGGAAGUAUCACAGCUUCUUCAGAGCAACAAGCUUUUUAAGUCUAGAAAAAAAAACAAACAGAACUCCUGCAGUGACAAGCAAUUCAAAAUUUCAACCUGGCACAUCUAUGAGAAAAAACUUAGCAUUGAAACAUGCAUGAACAUGCACAACAUGUGCCAAGAUAACCUGUGUAUACAAAUGAACAAAUUGACUACAUAAGGUUAAAUUCUCUCUAUAUAUUGGGGAGAAUUUGAAUUUCCUUGUUUUCCAUUGGAAUAGCGCUGAGUGGUGUGCAAUGAGAAUGUAUGACCUUUAAGUAAUUCAUUGUAUUCUUUCAAAAUUAAUUACAAGUUGAAGUAGAAUUUGCAUUGUUUAAAAAAAUGAAGAGGUCAUGGGAAAAUAAUGGGUAUCACACAACAAAAAGUCUGAACUUGUGAGAAAAUACUAAAAUAUAUCAAUCCCUUUUGAAUGUUGUUGAUACUGAAUUUUUAACUCAGAGAAAAGGAAAAAAAAGACUUUGGAAUUAUUUCUCUUCCGGUGUAGGCAUGGCAAUUACUGGUAGAAACCAAAUUAUUUGUGGCUGAUAAGGGAGAGCCAUAUUCCAAAACUGCAUCACUGUAGAUGUAAUAUCUUGUUGAAAUAACAGUUGUUAUUAUGUUAAAGAAUGUAAAUGAAUAUAUUGUCAGAUAAUUCUACAGAUUGGCUAAAAAAAUGAUCUGAUUUCAAAUGCCUGAAGGAUAACUCAAUAAAUAUGUCAUCUUUUUGCUCUUAAUUCAGUAAGUAGCUUUUAUGAGAUGAACCCUUUAACUAUUAGAAGUGAUUAACAUGUAACUUCUCCCAAUGGUAUUCAUACAUAAUUCUGCAAACAGGUAAUAAGAAUACUCAGACUUAUCAGUUACAGUUAUCUUCUUGAUCUAACACCAAAUCCUUGUAACUACAUGUAAUUUAAAAGGGAAUGUGUAACAGCAAGAGGGGAGAAUUAACAAUCAGAUCUUAGGAAUUAGAGGGUAAACUGCUAUGUACAUAUAUUGGAAGGAUUUAAGGGUUGUGACCCUUUCAGUAAGCAACACUUUCACCUUUAACCCCCUGUUACAAUCCAUUAUCCAAAGUUAUGUUGUGUUUUACUUUGCUGAUCUCAGAGUGAGUCUGCUUUGUACUGAAAAAAUUUAAUUCAUGCAAGGAUUAGUAACCCUUUUUCAAGAUGUUUUUUACCCAGUAGAUCAUUUUUUUCUCUUUUUCAGACUGGCAUUAUCAUUGUUGAUGACUGUAAACUUGCAGUGGCAGUGAAUUUUGGGACCAAAGCUGCCUCCUUCCCAUGUGCCGCAGCACAGCAACUUCAAAUUAAAGAUGAAUCUGAAAAUUACAGGUACAUUUUUAUGUAAAUGCACACCAUCAGAGAGGCAGAGUGGCUGAGUGCUUAGGGUGCUGGCCAGGUGCCUAGGGUGCUGGUCAGGUGCUUAGGGUGCUGGCCAGGUGCUUAGGGCACUGGACUUGUAAUCCAGUGGUCCCAGGUUGUAGUUCUCCGCUCAGCUACUUACUGGAUUUGUUUUCAGUUGCCCUGAGUUCCACUCGUUGGCUUUGCUCCGUUUAAAGCCAAUAAUUAUUUGUCUGCCUUUUGUUUGUUAGGGUUCUUAAAAACUGUGUUGAUUUUUAUUUACUAUGUUUAUUUCCAAUUUGUUUGAAUUAGUUAUUUCUUAAAUUUAUAAGAGAAUUGAGAAUAGAGAAAUAUAUCAUAUGGACUGAUAAUAGUGUUAUUAUUAAUAUUAUUAAUUGUUAUUAAUAUUAUCAUCAUCAUCAGAGCUUUAGGUAUUUAUAAGCGGGUUAAUAUAUGCAAUAAUUUUAGUAUAGUGGGUGACCUUUAUUGUAAGAUGUUUUUGACAUUUUUUUAAGAUCCAAGCAGUGAUUUUUUUUGUCAGAUUACUUAUGUCAAACUGCAAUUGGAGCUCUCAUUUCUGGGAGUCAAAGGGUCAACUGUAAUCUUGAGGGCUAGAAGUUCCUGAUCAGUGCGCUUUGAUCACAAGUGUACACUUUUUGCACUACUUGUCCUAUACAUAAUUCUAGAUAUCUACUUACUUUUUAAAUUCUCAAAAUCAUGUAUGGAAUGUUUUCGUGUUGGGAAUAAAAAGAGAACUGCAAAUAGCGACAAUGUGAUCUUUUUUUUUCUCUUUUCUAGCUCCUUGGAUCUGACUGGCCCUCUUCUUCUCGGUGGGCUGGUGCAGCUACCAGUUAAAUUCCCAGUCCUCUACAAACAUUUUACUGGCUGCAUCAGGAAUGUUUACAUCGAUCACAAGUUCUUGGACCUCAGUCAGCCAUUGUACAACAACGGAACCAGUGCUAAAUGUAAAGCAAUGGGCAACACGUGCGCAUAUAAACCUUGCGAGCGAGGCACGUGUUUUAACAUACUUGGUUCUCGCCGGUGUGACUGUCCCACUGGGUAUGAUGGAAGUCGCUGUGAAACAGGUAUUGCAUUUUUUUUUUUUUGCGGGUAUGUAAGUGAUCUUUCCUCUCGCACUUACUUUAGUUUGAAGCGUUCGCAAGAGUACGGAAUCUUUUGGAAUCUUUUCAAAUGCUUAGUAUCUAAGAUGCAGACAACAGUUCAUGAGUUGUGCAUGAUAAAGGACACCUCAUGAGCAUUUAAAUGUAUGCGAUUCCUUGUUAUGAGAAAUAUAUCGUCGAGUUUAUCUGAUUUAGUGGAUCUUCAAUUAAUAAAUGCACGUACUUAAUCACCGGUAUUUUCGCCUUGAAUUAUCGAUCCAUACCAGAUUUUGAGCCAAAUGAGAUAUCGUACAUCCGAAGAUCUGCUGGUGAACAAUCCUCAGAGUUGAAAGUUAACGAUAAGGGCCAAGUUCCUCAAAUAGAAAUUUCUGUUUCUUAACCCUUUUUAAUUGUUAAUUCUCCUUACUGUCUAUACAACUCUUCUGAUGUUAGUUCUGAGAAUUUAGUAUUGGAUCAAUUAAUAACUCUCUAAUUGAUAUUUUUCUUUAUUCUCGUCACUUGUCUGCUUGAUAUUGUUUUGAUAUUGUAAGGAGAAAUUAUGUCUUGGUCAUUUAUGGCAGGUAAAAGGUUGAUGAAACUCGGGUUAAUUAAUUUCCUAAACCCUUUACCUCCCCGAUCAAAUUUGUAAUUCUCCUCACUGUCAACCAUACAAUGCUUACAAUGUUAGUUCAGAGAAUUUAGCAUUGGAUCUACUAAUUAUCCCCAAACUGAUGUUUUUCUUUAUCCUCAUCGCUUAUCUGGUCGAUAUCGUAUUAAUAUUGUAAGGAGGAAUACUGUCUUGGUCACUCGUGGGAGUUUAAGGGUUAAAUUGAGGAGAAAUUAUCCAGGCCUCCAGUUAGCGUUGAUUUUCUGGGAGUCGCGUUACCCUAAAAUACCCCAACUAAGGAGAACAUAAAUUUCUUAUCACGGGUUCUUAUAUGGAUACCAUUCAUACAAACUUCCUUGUUCAACAGGUGUGAAAUACACUGCGAGAUUCUCAGGACAGAGUUUUAAGAGGGUGCCUGCCAACUCAAGGGUCAAUCUUCCGUGGAGUGUUUCAAUGAGAUUCCGCACAGCCAAGCCUUCAGGAACUCUGCUUGAAACCUCUUUUUCGUCAUCAUCUUCGGUGUUAGGGGUAAGUUAUGUAAAUCAAGGUACAUGUUUUAAAAGUCAUUGAUCAUUCUUAUACUUACGCGAACUUCAUUGCUAUUUCAGUUGGUUGAUGGUAAACUGUCGUACAACUACAAAGGGCUGCUAGUUCUCCAAUUGCCUCACAUAGUCGUGAAUGAUACCCAGUGGCAUCACAUCGAGAUCCUCUGGACAGAUUCUUCCCUUAACAUAACAAUGGACUACAUCUACAAAGUUUCUGCAGAUGCAUCCAGUGGAAAAGACCUUGGAGUUGUCAGACAGUUUUUCAUGGGAGCGAGGAAGAAUUCUACCAAGUCUGCAGUGUAUGGUGGAUUUAGAGGCUGUAUACAAGGUAUGCUUUUCUAAGCAAAUUCCUCUAGUUAAACUGUUAGGCUUAUGUUUCUGUAGCCUGUUCUAGGUAUUAAAUUAGUAGCAAUGCACUGAUUUCCCUAAGCUUGGAGGAAAAGAUAGUUGUUUAUGAGUAUAGGUAAUAACAUGAUUUCGAGUGCAAUUUGGUGUUAAUACGCUCGAGUAAAUUUUUCAGUACCACAAGAUUGCACGAGCUGUAGGGCGAGUGAAGUUUGUAGUCUUUGAAAAAUUUAUAAGUGCUUAUUACACCAAAUUGCAAGAUAAAUCGUUUUAUUACUUGUUAGUAAUUUACAUGAAGAAACAUCACAGAAAGGCAAGACAGACUAAACGUUAGGUUUGGAGCGUUACUGUGAGUGCGUAUGUGCGUGCGCACGUGCGUGUACGUGUGCGAGCAGGUGCGUACAAGCGCGUGCAUGUGUGUUCGUGCGUGCUUGUUUAUGUAGUAAGCGUUGGAACUGUGCUUUUGGAGUGAGCAUGGUAAUAGUGGAUGUAUGAAUAUUAGGCCAUUUCCGACCCCUUUUUCGUGAAAAUAGCUUCGUUUGCAAAAUAAUUUCUUUUCCUAUGAGAAGUAUCGUAUCUGGGCUCGUUUUAAAACAGAGGCUAUGGGCCUUUCGGAAAUGGUCCAACUCGGUUACCCGUUUAUACGAGGAGACACUAACCUCUCUCUUUCCAUAUUUGUAGGGGUUUUUGUCGGAAGCACUGAGAUCAACAUGAACUCUGGAGUCAAUCACAAAACAACAUCUGUUUGUGGAGAGAAAAUGGGAAGCCACUGCUCAUCGAACCCUUGUCCAGACUACAGCACGUGCCAAGAGGAAUUCGACUCCUACAAAUGCAUAUGUCCCGUAGGUUACGUUGGUAAACACUGCCUGCGCGUAUGUUCUCUUAAGCCAUGCCGACAUGGCAAAUGUGAAAGUACAAACCAUGGAAAGGGAUUCCGAUGUGUUUGUCCUCAACAGUACACUGGUAAGUGGAAUUUUUUUUCAUUUUUUAUCUUUUUUUUUUUUUCAUUUAAAAUCAUUCCCUAUUGGACACAUUUUUUUUGCAAUUUGUGGGUACCAUUUUAAUCCAUACAAAGUUGUUAUAAAUGAAAUAAAUAAAUAAAUAAAUAGAGAAUAAUACAUGGGCGCGCGUAGAUAUGGAAUUUCGCUUCGAGAGUUUAACUCGGUAGCUCACAAGUGAGAUGUGGAGUUGAAUACGAGAAGAGAAAUUUCAUAUCUACAAGUAACUAGGUAUGAUUUUGUUUAUCACGUAAACACAAUAGCCUUUUACUGACAAGAAAAGUCGACUCUAUUAAUGAAUGAAAAUAAAACGAUCGACAAUCCCCGAAUACAAAUCGUAAAGUCCGUUGGCGCACUCAAGAUGAGAACAUGCGUUGAAUCACUACAAAAACAAACAAUGGGCCUAAUUUUCAAUAUACAAAAUUUUCAGUUAUUGAAUUGGUCCUUACCGACAGAAGAAAUCAUUCAGGUACCAGACCAAAAUCGGCCUGUGGCAAAUCUUCCAGUGGUCGAUUUUCGUUUUCAGCCGCGAGAAAUGCCAUUACCAAAACCACUAAAUACGUAACUUUCGGUUUUUCUUUUUUUUUUUUUUGGCUUUCUUCCCUUUCUAGGAAAGUUUGAACGUCACUUUCUGUAAGCGUCGAUACGAAUAUUUCGGUUUUUAAGCAGAAAUAAUCCGAAAAUAUUCUGACAAACGACCUUGGAUUGAGAAUGGUGAAGGCUUUGCCGCUCAUUCAUCAACCUGACCGAGUGGCGCGAAAGGCGUGUGACGUGUCAGCAGCUGAUUGGCGAUAUCAAACACACGUGAAAAAAUAUCGUAUUUUUUCACGUGUGUUGUUACGGCUUUUCUCAGGGCUAAAAAAUCCUUUUAUAAAAUAAUUCAAAUAGUACGCGCGCUCUGAUUUGCCAUAACACCAUUUUACGUGAGCGUAUGUAAACACGGUUUUCGUUCCUCUUUCAUUAGUUAUUUCAUAAAAGAAAUGUAAAACGGUUUCCUACGCUUAUCUCGUGUUCUCCCAACCUCCCGCGUGUUUACAUCUGGCUAUGUAAACACAGAAACCAUUUUACUUUUCUUCAGUAUAACACCGUAGUUUGUAUGAUAAAAACAUAUACAGCACCCUUUUACUCUUGACGCGAGAGCACCGUUUCGAAUGCAAGAACAAAAAAAAAACAGAAACAAAAACCUCAGUACAAAACUAAAAAACAAGAAGCGAAAACAAAAUGGAAGCAAAGAAGAAAACGAAAACGAAAUAAGAGGAACACAUAGAUAUCGUGCUGCUCUAGCAAUUUGGCAGUUAGGUUAGCCGAAGGAUUUGCGGGCGAACUGGUACUGGUGAUUAGGCGCGAACUUGCAGUGGGGCAAAUUCACCAGUUACUGAUAUGCAACGCAAAUCUCUCAAUGUUGAACUUAAGAUUCACUUAAAUUUCAAGUUUUAAUGUUUUGUAUAAUUUCUUAGGGGAAUUUUGUGAAGUCCGCAUGGAGAUACCCUGUCGAGAUAAGUACUUUGGUGCUUCAAGUAUAGGCGUCUGUGGUCCGUGUAAAUGUGAAGUGGGGAUGAAUCUGAGUCCAGUUUGUAACAAGUCUACAGGAGAGUGCUACUGUAAUGUAAGUACCACAUGGAGGAAGCUUAUCAGUUGAACUUUAUUUAAACCGUGGAAAGUUUCGAGAGUCUAAACCAGGGAAAAAUCAGAGCAGUUUCUGUUUUUCUAUAUGAAGUCAUGAGAACGAGGGAAAAAUCAAUGGAAGAAAAAGCGAUAAUGCAGAAAACAAAUGAACAAAUGAAGAAAAAACUCCUUAAUCUACUAUUAUGGACUUAAGCGGGAAAGGAGAAUUGUUUGCAGUCUGGAGGGACAUAAAGUUUUGUGUGCUUUUACAUUUCGUCGAAAAGAACAGGUUUUUAUACCGAUUUGUUUGCGAUUUGCAUCAUUCUUUAUUUGAUUGGUAUAGGAAACAGGGCUGAAAAGUGCAUUGUAUGGGUGAUGUGUCUGAAAGAAAGCCACGGAAUGGCUCCCUUGUGGUCUUGCAUUUUUCGUCGCCUGUAAACCGUGCCUACUGCUCUAGAAUUCAGUUCUGAAUCUAAUGUGUCUUUCAUUCACUUGUUACGCAACUGGAAAUCAAUGUUUUUUUUUUUAAAUUUUUACUUGUUUUGUUUUUGUCCAGGCAAAGCACUAUCGAAAGAUUGUAAGCUACACAUUCUCGGGUGCCCCUGUGUUUAGUGAUGGCUGUUUUAGAUGUGACUGUGAAGAGAUUGGUAGUACUGGUGAUCAGUGUGCUACAGAGAAUGGCCAGUGCCCUUGUCUUAAAGGCCGAAGGGGAGGGAGGAAUGUGGUCGGAAGGCGUUGUAAUCAGUGCGAAGACAAACAGGGUCAGAUUGUGAGCGGUAGAGGCUGUGUGGGUUAGUGAGAUUUUACGUAAUUUGAACGCGUUGCAAACGCGGUGAAGAUGCGUUUGUAUGCGUAUUUAAUGCGUUUGAAAUGGGUUACGUUGUGCGUGUAAGGUUUCAACAGUGCCGAUGAAACACGCCUCAUCCCGUUCAAAACACGUCUUUAUUGCAGGUGAAAUGCGUUUGCAUGCGUUUAAAACAGGCGCUUAGACAUGCAUUAACUCCGCUGCAGAGAAACAGUCUUUUUCAGUCUUGUCAAAUAGGGAAGAAUCCCCAUUUUUCUAAUUUCCUACUUGGGAAAGGGAAUUGGUUGAAUUGUCGGAAGGUCGUAUGUUUGGUAACAUUUCUUUCAUGAGAAAGGAAAGUUAAUUUUAAUUCCUCUUUUCGAGAGUUUCUAGAAACAGUUUGCACGAGAAAUCGUGAGUCUUCUGUACACAUAACUAACAACGAUUUGUAUUUGUUAAAUUAUUAUUGUUAGUAUUAUUAUUAUUAUUAUUAUUAUUAUUACUAUUAUCAUUAUUAUAUUAUUUCACCACAUUAAAGGAAGAUAUCUCGAACAGCAUUCGUCAUGUUACCUCUUUUUAUUUAUUUAUCUAUGUAUUAUUUGUUUACUAAAACCGGGAAAUGAGGAACUUUAGAAUUAAUUUUGUUUGUUGGUAUUUAAUAGUUAUAAACACAUCAUGUCCAAGAGCAUUUGCUGAGGAAAUAUGGUGGAAAAAAGCCGCGUUUGGGACAACAGCAAAAGAAAAAUGCCCAUUCGGAUCAUCGGGUUUGUGUUUUCGACGUUUUUUAAUUUUGUGGAUGAAAUGUUGUUUAAGAAGGUAAUUAUUUAUAUCAUGUUAUAUCUAUGUUAAACCGUACAAUUUCUAGUUUUAGUUUUUCUCGUAGUAAGUGGUUUUGCCGAUUAGUCAUUAUUUUAUAUAUGUAUUUGUACUGGUUUGAAGGCCGUAAGUUAGAUAAAUCAUUGGGUUAAUUACGUCAACUUCGUUAAAUAAAGAAUAUUGUAUUGAAUUGUAUUGUAAACUCAAGUACGUGAACGAAAGUCGUCGAGCGCUUCUUUGAUGUGUUACUAAACAAGGCAUUUACCAUUGUUAAGUCAGUGAAUAAAACCAAGUUACGUGAUAUUCACGAACUUUUGAGCAGUAGCUCAUUAGUAUCGCGUUUCUUCGCCCGCGGGAAAGUAUGAGGCCGUAAGCGACGCAAGUAGGAGAGAGGUGUGCAACGAGUUUUACGCUGAAAAUAACAUUAUUAGUGCCAGACUUCCGGCAAACCUCUUCCCGACGCGUCUCAAAUUUUCCCGCCGGUGGAAAAACGCGCGUCCUGCAGCGCUGAUCAUGAAGGCGUGAUCGAAAGCUAGGUUUUCAUGUGAGAAGCUGGAUUUGAAGUCUGUGCUUAAAACACGAGUGUGGGUGAUGAUUCAGGUGAGAGUAACAUAGCAGCACAAGCCUGCAGUAAUGUUUAGUAUUCUGCACAACUUGUGUAGUUUUAACUCCCAAGUUCGCGGAUUCAACCACAAUUUGAGAUCACUCGAGAGAACGUUUGUGAUUAAUGCUUUUCUCUCGUUCUUCCUUGUUAGGAACAGCAACUCGGUUUUGUCACAAGGAUGAUGGCUGGCAGAAACCAAGUCUACUCAAUUGUGUGUCCAACUCAUUCUUUGUUUUGCAGCAGAAGGUGAGAGCUUAUGAAAUAUAAUAAUUUACCUCAGUGUCGGUGAAAGUAAUUUUUAUCUACCUUCACUUCGGUGAAUAACUGCUAACUAUAGUCUGUAUUUAAUCCUGCCCUUCCCGACACGAAGUAGUAGUUCUCCCUUGUUUGUGUGAUACAUGUUUAUCGCUUUGUUUAGUAAUUUUUACUUUGCUUUUUUUGAAUGAGUCGCAAGCUAGAAUUAUGUGAUAAAUUGUUCCUUGAAAUGUUCAAGAAAGGUCGUUCUUUCUUAAGAUGGAAAGUUAUCAACCACCGUCUGUUAGACACCCCCGCUCCCACCAAACACUAUGAAACAACAUGCAUCCUUUAAUACAUCAUAUCAGAUCAUGGAGAUAUCUCCGUUCUUCCCCCCGCCCUCAAUCAAUUGACCAACAUGUCUUCACAGACAGAUGGCAAUUCAACUGGUUUCUUUUGUGUAGAGGGUUUAAGUUUCUAAACAAACUCUUGUGCUAUGUCGGUGGAAGAGUAUGACGGUAAUAUCAACUGAGUUGAUAACGUAAACUGGCCACCGUAAAGAGUUUUAAAGCUGACGUUUCGAGCGUUAGCCCUUCGUCAGAGCGAUUGGCGAAGGGCUAACGCUCGAAACAUCAGCCUUAACACUCCUUACGAUGGCCAAUUUACGUUAUCAAGUCACUUGAUAAUACUAACUUACCCUUGUGUCUUUUGUAGCUAGAAAACUUGACGUCUGGUAACGUUGACUGGAAGCCAGAUUUCGCCCUUGGUAUAGGACAGCAGUUAGAUCUUGCCAUCACGUUAUCCCCUCAACUGUACGCCAGAGACAUAGAAAUCGCACUGACGAUUAUUACCACUCUGUUUGGAUACGAGAGUCAACAAAACUCCAGCACGCUUGUUUCAGCCAAGACCAAGGAGUUUGCGAAGGUGUGAAAGUUAGAGAAGUUUAUUGCAGAAACCGCAUAAUUUCCAUCUCAGCCAUUUAAAGUAAAGAUAUAGUACUUACCGCAGUUUGAGCAUUCAAGGGGAUUGUAUUCUUUGGGUAGUUGUCUUAAAAUGAGCAUAACAUUUGACUUAGUGGCCCGGCCUAAACAAGGCGUGACGCCGCCGACUUCAGCUCAUUUGGCGGGAAUCGAAACGCUCGCACAGGGCGUGAAAUUAAUUUUCUUUUCUGAUAGCCACUUGGCUCCUAAAUUUUUCAAAGUGGUAGCCAAUUCAAAAAAAAGUUGGUCGCCAUUUUUAAAGACAAACAAAACCUUUUUUUACGCCGUCAGCGUUCUAGAUAGACCCUCCAAAAUUAAGUUAGGGAAAGAUCUUUAACACGUUACAAAGUGGACACUAGGAUGGAUGAUAUACAACGUUCAAGCUCACCUAAAUCCAAGAUGACGUCCAGUUAUCGAUCGAGAUGCAUGUGCUGCGUUUUGGAAACAAACUUUAACGAGAAAGUUUGCCACGGAUUUGUCUUUGCAAAUCUUUUUAAUUCCCUAUACAUCUAGGUAAAGGUUAUGAUAGAGCAUUCUAGUCGCCAAAUUGGCGACUAAUUUUCAGGAUUUGGUCGCCAAAGUGAAAAAUUUAGUAGCAUCGGCGCCUGUAUUGGGCGCAAUUUCACGCCCUGUCGCACCUCAAGCAACGAUCCCAUCAUGCCUAGCUCUCUUAACUCUUUGACUCCUAAGAAUGACUAGCAACUAAUUUCUCCCCACGAUAUCAUCCCUGAAUCAAAUAUUACGGUCAUGAGAAUGAAGGAAUUGAUCACCAGUUAAGGAAGCUCUUGAUAGUUUAACAAAUUCUCCUUGUCAGGACCUUUGGAAAGGUAAAGAGGACAGUAUAGAGAUUAUGUAGACUGAUCUUAGGGUGCAUAGGGUUAACUGUGCAAAUAUUUCCGGAAUUUUUGCUACUUUCAAAGGCAGAUCUCCUCGCGUGAGGAAGACCUGUUGAAUCGGAAAACGCGUUCACUGUCUUAUCUGCGUAAGUUUUCGUGGCGGAGGUAAUAGUUGUAUGGUUUCUGGAUUUCCCAUUUCUUGCCAGGUCACAAGAAACCCACAGUCAAGAAGUGAAAUUGUGACUAAGAGAGCUGUUUCGAAAUAAUGAUGUGACACAAUGUACAAUUUUUUAGGACGGGAAAAUCCUCUUUUAAUUUAAAUAUACGCUAGAUGCAGCUGCGAAUGUGCAAAUGAAGUUCACUGGUCAGUUUUUUCACCCUGAAGAGUGACUAGCAUCUAAUUUCUCCUUACAAUAUCAUCCCCGAAUGACACACUAAGGUCAUGAGAAUAUUGGAAAUGAUCAACAACUACAGAAGCUCUGGAUCGUUAAACCAAUUCUCCUUGUCGGCACGUUAGGAACUGUAUAGAGAACAGUAUGGAGAAUAUGCAUGCUGAUGUUAGGGUGUAAAGGGUUAAAGAAAGUUUUGCCAGAAAACGCAACCAAGAGAGUAGUUUACGGAUCAAAACCGACUUUUUCGAUCCGGAAUCCCUCGCGCUUACAAUUUCUGCUUCUCUCUUCUUUACAGCUUACAAUUUCUGCUUCUCUCAAGAACAACAACUUAAUUAAUUUAUUUGAUAUGAUCCACAGGUCCUUCUUCAGUCAGCCAGUACGCUGUUUAGCUCCGAUAACAAAGAUGUGUGGGACGUCGUUCAACGGGUAAUAAUUAUUGCAUCAGUAUCUGAGCAAGUCUGUACCUACCCCUCCCCCUAACCCAAGAACAGUCAACUAAUAACAAGUUCGUGUUAUUGUUGGGUUAAAGGAAGGGUAGGUGCGCAGUUGCGCAGGUCCUGACAUUGAUCCGAAUUAUUUUUGCUGUUAUUUUAUUUUUUCUUUUUGCAAGUAGUCCACGGUCGAUUUGUCGCCGGUUUUUAUUUCACUAUGCUCUCCAAUUGGCCUGUGAAACUCGUGCCCUUUCAGCCAUUCGCAUUACUGGAAACAGAAGCCAAUAACGAGUGUUUGACCGUGAUCAUCAUACUUGUUCGGAAAGCGGAAAGCGGAGGCACUGGCAGUGAGGUCAAGAGUUUUGUAAAGCGAUUUUUGGGAGCAGUUGAUAUUUUUAUGUACACUUACCCUACUAUUAUCUUCCGUUGGCCGUGUAAGCCUCUUAUCUUGACUGCUGUUUCUUUCAAUUUGACAGCACUCCGCAGGGACGGCGGCUUUGUUGAAACAGAUGGAAAACUUCAGCGGAAACUUAGCCAGAAGUCUACCGUACUUAAAACGAGACUCGCGCAGAUACAGACGCUCUACCGACAGCAUUUUGCCACCGUACACGAUUAUUACUCCCAAUAUUGGUAAGAAUUAUAUUUUGUUGAGUUUGCUGAGUGUAACAGGGCUGUGUCGCAUUUUGAGGUAAUUUUAAUACCUACUUGUCGGGGAAUUCCUCCGCUCUGUCUCAUAAGUGAUUGAAAUGUUGCAAACAAUAUCACUGCAUUUUUUGGAAUUUGAAAUUAUGAAAGACAGAUGAUGUCAAUAGAGAUUUCUGAUCAGUUUGGGGAUUUUACUUGUGAUGUUUGGGUUAAGAAGCGCACGGUAGCUAUUAUCAGAGAUUUAUGAAAUAUUGCUAAACGGCAUUCAACGCUAGAGAACGUUUUAAUGUUCCUGCAACAACACAUGAUCCUGAUCUUGAUCCUGAACAUGAUCUUGAUCCUGAACAUGCGCACGAAUGAUACUUUCCUGUCUUAUUUAUGUGAAAAUCGUAGUAGCCUAUAUUUUAGAAUACCGUAACUUCGCCCUUUUUAUGAGUUUUCCGCAAACUAUAGAAACUAUUUUGAUUCACCUAGAGGACGGUUUCGUUGUAAGCAAACGAUUGCUUUCACUUGCUAAUAUCCACGCCAUGUUCUUCAUAGUUAUGGAACUUCAUCCAGUGUAUGUCAAAGGAUUCUCUGGAUUAUCGUACCCCGCGAGAACAGACCUUUACAGCGACUCUCCUUAUAAAAUUUGGCGUAAUAUCUCCAAUAGAAUUUACUUUCCUAAACCUUUCUUUCGUGGAACAGGUAAGUCUUGAAUUUGACGUAACUUGCAUAACAGGUACCUGGGUUUAUACUUUAGUACGAUUUUGCGGGAUCGCCACAAGUCGAAAAAUUUGCCUUAUAAAAGGUACGUUUAAAUAUCAAAUGAGGCGCUAAAAAUUGUGCCGAAGGAUAAUCUUAUUUUGUAAGUACUAUUUUACAUAGUAAUAACCCUUUUCUCGGUAAAGGGCCUCCCUAAAACUAAAGAAGGGGGUCCGCCAAGCCUUCUUUGGGUAGUUUCUAGAUUAAACCCUGACACAGCAAAAUUAGUGCGCGUUUGGAUUCCGCGCUCGCACGCGAGGAAAAAAGGAUACCUGGGAAAGCUGGCAAACAACAACAAAGAGAGGCGGAUUUGAACAAUUUUUAAGAUUGCUAUAAUUUUUUUUGCAAUGAUUAUUGUAAUGUUGUGGGUGACAGCUCUUUUAGAGAACUAAAUAUUUUUUUAUUUAAUUUUGUUUUAGACGUGGAAGACAACAUAGGAGUUGGCUUCAUGAUCAUCAGAAAUAUCGGCGAUUUAUUACCCAAGGCGUUUGACGCGAAGAUCCGGUAUGUUACAUGCACUAAAUGCAUUGAAAGUACGUUUGGAUAGAAUUUUUAAACAAUUUUGGUUUUUCCCCCUAGUAUUUAGAGGAGACUGUUUCGUGGUUAGACUACGAGCAGUCCCUGCUUUUCAGCGAAGUCUGUCGCACGAGUCAAAAGAGAUUGUGAAAAGAAAAAAAAAUUGAUGCGUUGAAUUUUGGGUGUGAAGGGCGAUAACGUCAUUUUUUUCCCCACUGAAUUUAUUUUAAUCGUGCGACGGACUGCAACGAGAAGAAGGGACUGCUGGUUGUGUAUAUUGUGGUUUGAUUGAGAAAUGGAAUAUGUACCAGAAAUAAUUAAAAGCAGUUUACGAUUUGCUAUAACUGCUUUUGCUUGUCUUCUUCUUAUUUUUGAUAAAACUCAUAUAUUAAUUUAUUUUAAGCGAACCACGUUGUAGUUUGUGAGUGUAAUAAGCAUAAAUGAUUUCCAAGUUUGACAUCUGCAGUUCCUGUUAACCCUUCAACUCCCACGAGUGACGAGGGCAGAAUUUCUCCUUACAAUAUCAAUACAAUAUCAAGGAGACAAGUGAUGAGAAUAGAGAAAAAUAUAAAUUAAGAGAUUAUUAGUUGAUCCAAUACCAAAUUCUCCGAACUAACAUCAUACGAAUUGUAUGACAGACAGUAAGGAGAAUUACUAAUGAGAUCUUGGAGGUAAAAGGUUAAUCUUCUUCUGGAUGAGGAUUUUUAAAAUAUAUUCAAGGUCUUUUUUUUUCUUUUCCAGUGACUCGAAGUACAACGUUGAAGUCAGCUCUGAUGUCAUCUCUGUCAAGUUACCUGAGAUGGAAAUGGCUCCCUUAACAUAUCCUGUCCGCAUUGCCUUUGCCAACAGACUUGUAAGUUGUUAUUCGUUACUAAUUUUAGUUAGGAUUUGUUUAAGAAACUAACCCAAGAAUGUUUAAGUUGUCUUCUCUUAAAUAAUCCUGGUUUACCACGUGAUCAAUUCAACUGCUGUCAUGUUGGUUUAUUUGUCAUCUUUCCUUUUUGUUAGGUGAAUCGAUCGUCUUACAUUUGUGUGCACUGGAAUUAUUCAGUACCGUGAGUAUAAUAAUGAAUAGCUUUAAUUUUAUGUUGUUGCAUACUCUCGAAUUUACCAUAGACACUUGUCUAGUCGCGCCGCUUGUCUAGUCGAGUUGUUGUCAGCGGGAGAACAUGGUAACCUAGCAACCGCCAAUCGGAGACACUACAAGAGUUGCACGUCGUCGUUAUGGCAAAAACCGCUAUAAAAUAUACUAUAAUCGAAUAUGACAUGUACAGGUACUUUUGGUUGACGUCUUUUGCCAUCAUUACGAAAAACAGUGGCUAUGCUUUAACUUUCGAACGGUUUUCAUAUACAAGAACGAUACUGGCGUUUGCUAAGAUGUAGCUUCUUCGCUCUUGCGAUCUAAGGAUCCAGACAACCUUUCGUCAUUUGCCCUACUGUUUCUUUGAGGAUUACUAGACCACAAGAAAGCUACCCUUUAGUUUAAGAACGCUUACCUUGCAUCCCAAUAUGUUUUCGACCAAAAUAACUGAGGUAUCAUUGAAAGAGUAUUACGAUAUUCUACAUGGUAGUCUAUGGUGAGUCUACCGCAAAAAUUCCACUACAGACAGACAAUGAUAAUAGUUAUUCCCGAACCAGAAGACGCGUUGUGAUUGCUAAGCCUGCCUAUUGUUUUUCGUUACCAUAGAGACACGCGUGGUGGUGGUUGGUCACGUUACGGGUGUAAAUCAGUGAAGACCAAUAGAACUCACACAGUUUGCUCUUGCUCUCACCUAACGGCUUUUGCAGUCCUGUCAGACUUAAAUCUUCAGGUGAGGUUGAUGAUUGUCAAGCUGUUACAACAAAAAGCAACAACAACAACAACACCAACAACUUUACUACCUUUUUUGCAGAAGACGUACAUUUACAAUUACGAUGGUUACCAGAACAGCUAAAAAUCUAAUCUGGUCGAGUGCCAUGAUAUAUAUUUAGAUUUGAGUUGUUGGUAGUAGAGUGUAAUUAAGAAAGGAAAGAGAAACAGCUGCAAGAUAAAGAUAUAUAACCCUUUAACUCCCAGAAGUGAUAAACAUGUAACUUCUCACCAAUAAUAUCCAUAUAUUAUCCAACAAACAGGUAACGAGAAUACCUCAACUUAUCAUGGAGUAGUUGUUAUCUUGAUCUAACACCAAUUCUCGUAAAUUAUUUAGAGGAAAACCUUAUCAGCCAGAGGGGAGAAUUAACAAUAAGAUCCUGGGAGUCAACUUAUGGGUUAACUUUAAGAUAAAGAAAUGAAAAUAUAUUAAUAAGUACCAGAUAGAAAGCUUUGAAGGAUAUAUUUUCGUAUGGAUUAUCAGUUAACCCUUUAACUCCCAGAUUAAGUUUGAAAUUCUCCUUACAGUCAACCAUACAAUUCUUAUAAUGUUAGUUCAGAGAAUUUAGUAUUGGAUCAACUAAUAAUCCCCAAAAUGAUCUUUUUCUUUAUUCUCAUCACUUAUCUGGUUGAUAUUGUAUUGACAUUGUAAGGAGAAAUUCUGUCUUGGUCACUCAUGGGAAUUAAAGGGUUAAUUUAUUUUUAGGUAUGUAUGAGGGUCAGUUUCACUUUUUCCUUUAGAGGAGGUUGUUUUCAGUUUCCAAACUAUUGCAACGAGAAAGUGAAUGUAAAAUUGUUAAUAAUUAGUUCGAACAAAAUUAUUAUAAUUGGUAGAUCUAGCAGAGUCUAAAUCUAGUUUUAUUUAGAAUACACUUUGGAAAAAAAUGAUCCAAAUGAUCCAAAUGAUUCAGGGGGAAGAUUGAAAUGAAAUUAGUUCAUAAAUUGAGAAUCGUGAAAGAAAACUAAUUCAAUUUGUUUUGUUCUUGUUGUUGUUUUUGUUGAUGAUGUUGUUGUUGAUGAUGUUGUUGUUUUUUUUUUUUUGAGAGAAGAGGCGUGUUGUUUCAGUGUCACAAAUAAUUUUCUCUUUUUUUCGAUUUUUUACUAGUAUCCCGAGCAAGCAGCCUUUGCCAUGCGUUUGGUGACGUACAUUGGUAUAUCGGUGUCCCUGGUUCUGUUACUGACAGCUUUUAUACUAUUCUUGUGUCUAAGGUAAUUUUUAUUUGAUCCUCGUCAUUUUACUUACCUGACCUUCUCACAACGGUCGCAAGAAAUAAUGGAAGUUUUCCAUUUCAUUAUAUUAUUAUCUCUUCUCCCAUGGGCACUUCUAAUACAAAAUUGAACAAUACAAUAUUUAGCCCACGCACUUGUCGUAAGCGUAGAUAGCGGAGCUCUUGGUGUUGUGGUGUGGUGUUGUUUUCCAAAAAUUCUCAAAUUGGGGGCACCUGCAAAAUUCCUGCAAAAUGUUGUAGGGCAUAUUCCUAUAGAGGAUGCGCUGUAUAAAUGUAUCAUUAUCAGUAACAUCACUGUUUUGUCUUUACAGGAAUCUGAAGAGCAAUUCGAUAACAAUUCAUAAGAACCUUAUUGUAGCGGUCUUCGUUGCGGAGCUGACGUUCCUCUUGGGAAUCAACAGAACGGCAGAUCAGGUUGGGUUAAAUACAAGGGCAACUUGUGUUUACAGUAGGGUGAUUUAGUAUUAUCAACUGAGUUGAUAACGUAAAUUGGCCACCGUAAAGAGUUUCAAAGCUAGCUUUGAUAAGUGACAGCGUUCACUCAAUGGAUGCUUUUACGCUCGUGAACGUCUAUUUUAACCAUGGCAAAUUUUUUUUCAAACGUAUGUUCAUUAGCGUGGGCAAAAACGCGACAGUGGAAAUCUAGCUUUAGCUUUCUUUAAAAAAUAUUAGUUUGGCUUCUGAUCUUACGACGUUGCUUUUAUUUGUGUUUCAUUGCAGAGAUUGUGUCAGUUGAUCGCCAUAGUGCUGCAUUAUUUCUUCAGCGCUUCUUUCUCGUGGAUGUUCGUCGAAGGUCUGCACAUGUAUCGCAGGCUCAGGGAAAAGAGGAAUAUAGACACUGGCAAAAUGUCUUUCUAUUUCUUUAUGGGGUGGGGUAAGUGUGCGAAUGUUGUCCAACAGGAAGUGUAUGUAUCAACCCUUUGUAGUGAUGAACAAUUAAAAUCUCCCUCCAAUAUCCAUACAUUAUCCAGCAAACAAGUGGUGAGAAUACCUAAAUUAUCAGGUAGAAGUUGUUAUCUGUAACCAGGCAUUUUUCCGGGAAUAAAGGGAGGGGAGGGGGCGGGGAGAGGGGAGAGGAAUGACUGGUACAAGAAACCUAUCAAAGUCACUGUUUUAUAAUAUUCACUCGCCGUCAUCUGUUGGAAGAUAAUUUUGCGCAAUUAAUGCUUUCAAAUAAUACUAAUAAUAAACUAUUUGAGACAUAAAACACGGAUUUCUGUCCAACAAGUGUUAAGGUUUUAACUCUGUUUUUUUUUUUUGUCUCAGGGUGUCCCGCUAUUGUGGUCGGAGUUUCCGCUGGCUUAGCGAACGAGGGCUACGGAAACCAGAGAUUGUAAGUCAACUUUGUAUGGUCUCUGUAGAACUUUUUACCACCCCGCGUAAACAGUUUGUUUGCACUUUUAACAUUCCCAAACAAAGCAGUAGAAAGUGACAGUUCCCACUAAAUUUCGUGACAUUUGACCUUUUUUUUUUUUACUAUUCAGCUGCUGGAUGUCGACAGAUGGAACACUUAUCUGGACGUUUACGAUUCCGAUCAUCAUCAUUGUCGCGGUAAGUAGCUUCACGAAUGAUCCCACUCCUGACAACACAUGCCAACAUUAACGGCAAUUAAACCAAGCGGUAAAUCUCUUGUGGUAAACUGAUUUUCAACUGAAAUAAGAAUCUUUCUAAAAACAUCCAGUGACAUCUCUAGGAAGCUGGUCUCAUUCCCGUUCUCCUUACAACAUCAUAACUACGAAGCAGGGCGGUGAUGAGAAAAAAAGGAAAAAUAUAUCAAGUAGGGGAUUAUUACUUGAUCCAAUACCAAAUUCUCCGCACUAACAUCAUUAGAAUUGUCUUACUAAUGAGAAGGGUUAAUGUCAACCGUCCACUUUUCACCCGUUCUUCCUCAUCUUGUUUUCCCAUCCACCUCUCCAUCUGUAGUUUCGUUGCAGACACUGUGUCGAUGAACGUUGGGCCCGUUUUAUUUUUUAGUUCGUUUUGUGACAUAGUGUUUUCCUCAAUGGUAGUCUUUUGCGCAGUUGACAUGCAUGUUGCUGUGGCAAACAAAACAAACAAUUACAUAGAGAUGACGGUCUGAAAUUUUUCAUAUUUACACAAAAAAUUUUGUAUUUGUGGAAUGGUGCAGUAUUUUUAGACCUUUACAUUGAUUGAUUUAGUAUUUCGUGUUCAUUGAUUUUCUUUUUAUCAUCUUAGCUCAACACACUCGUCUUUAUCAUGGCAUUGUUCGCAUCACUUCAAAAACAAUCAAGAAAGAGACGUCGCCGGCAUCACCACCAUCACCAUGACGAGGAACAGUCUAACUUGACGUAAGAUAGCACUUUUGACUGAUUCAUGAGCGUACCAUUCGUCUCUUGCUAAAGCCUUGUUUUCACGAGCGACGCUAGCACAAACACAAGCAUAACAGCUCAAAGAGAAGCAAGCAAGAAUCAAGCGCAAGGAUCAAAAUUUGUCCUUUUUCUUGUGCUACUCUUUGUGCUCGUCGACGUUCGUUUUCAAUUGGCAUAAUUACCUGAUGCUCGCGUUUGUGCUUGCGCUUUUGUUUGCGUCGCUGGGGAAAAAGACUAUUUAACAACUUUUCACCGAAGUAGAGAUGGCUCAUGGUGGAUAUUUACCGAACCGUGAAGCGGCGAGAUUAAAUAUCAACUGCUAGCUUCCUCCACUGAGGUGAAUAGUUAACUACCACGCCAAAGAUAACGAAAGACAUUAAAUUUAUGCAAACCAUGCAUUGAAAACCGCUUCCCUUAACUGACCAAUCUCCAACUGCUCAGUAACUGAGAAAUGUUUUAAUACCUGAAAAUGUUAAAAUGAAAUUUACCGAAUCCCUUCCAUAACGUUCUGGAGUAUUCCAAUGAUCCCCCUUUCCCUUUUCCUUCCCCCCCCCCUCCCCCCCGUCGAUAAAUAAAGACUGGUUCGUUUUGAUUUAAACUAGAUAAUUCUUUAUUCAUUUGUCAAAUGUUUUAUUUAUUCAUCUCGCUUUUUGUUGUCACAGUGCCGGAUUACGAGCCACUGCCGGUCUUCUUCCCUUGAUAGGAGUAUCUUUCGCGUUCGCCAUUUUGAUGGUGAAUGAAGAUUUGGAAACUUUUCACUAUAUCUUUGCUGCCUUUACGUUCUGCCAGGUUAGAAUCACUUCCGGCAGUGAAGUGCUCUGUUCUUCGUAGAGUAGUUUUUAAUUUUAAUAUGGAAAGGCAAUGGAGGAUUUCUCUCAUUCAGUUGUUUUUGCAACUAAAACCGGGAUUGCAUUACUUCUACGCCAUCAGAGUAUGAGCAAAAUUUUAGUCCUAAUUCACUCUUAUUUCACGCAAAAAAAUUGAUCGCUUCUCAAAAACUGGGUUGAAGAGCUUAUUAAAAAAAAAAAUUAAGGAGGCGUAGAGACGAAAAUUUAAUUCGGUACCUGAACACAUGUAAUCGACAAGAAGCAAAAUGCAUGUUUCCUUUUCAUUUUCAUUUUCAACUCUCAAAAGAUGUGAGGACUCGUCUCGAAAUUAAUAAAUGCUGAAUACCUUGGAUUUGCUGUUUUUUAAUUCUUCGGUCAAUGAAAGUCGAUCGAUCAGCGACAAAUUUUUGAUGAACUUGUCUCGUUCACAGGGCCUGUUUAUACUAGUGUUUUAUCUCCUAUUGGACAAGACGGUGAGUAACAUACCUUUUUUUUCAUUUUUUCCCGAUUUCAAUUUGAUUUAAUCGACGCGGAAUAUUUGAUUCAGUUUCACAAUCUUGCUUUAUUAUUUAAAAAACGUUCAGGUUCGGAAAGAGUUCAAGAAUGUGUACAUGCGCUGGAAGACUAAGGACAAGACAUACGGGAUACAGAAACCCACGCAGCAUUUUGUAAGAGGAAUAUUCACCCUCUUUACGUCUCUGUGCUUAACUCGCCCUCUUUUUCUUAAAUGAGACAUUCCAUAUUCAUUGAUUCGUGCUCUUCUUCGCUUUUUGACCACGUUUUCAAAAGAUCAAUUCAUGGUCUGCCAUGUCUUUACACCUUCUCAUUUUUCAGCCACUCUUUCAUCCGACCCAACCUCUACCUUGUUAGGUAUACAGCAUUUCAGUAUUUCUUUGAAUAAGCACCCACGCUCUAAGAAGCGCCCUCCGCCAAGUAAGUGCCCGCCCUCAGGCGCCCCCUCGAAACCCCCCCUCCCCCCCUCCCGUCUCCUCCCUUAUUUCCUCAACUGGUAGGAAUACCAAGAAAAACACUUUCUUUUGCCACUUCAUCUAUAAUUUAUAAAGCUUCAACUGCAGCGGAAUCAGAACAGGAGAUUUAUAGGCGACCCCUUCGAUUUAGAGCCAUCCUUCCAAUAGGCGCCCCCUCCUUUGGCCGAAAUUAUAUAAACUCUUAUUUGAGGAAAUGCGAUAUGACAAUUUUUCAUUGUUUCAUCUCCAUUCUGAGUACCACAAUGUUAUCCUUCUCCCGCUUGUUAUGUCAAAGUAAAAUAAGUAUCCCAGACUUGAUCAAUAUGUAACUUCUCCUUGAGGUUCCAGUUUGUUAUCUCGUGAAUACGUUAUGAGAACAGACAGUUUCAUCAGCCGAAGAAUAUCAUCAUAAAAGAACACCAAACUCUCCCCUCAAAUUUUUAAAUAAAUGUAUCGUGGUAAGAGGGAAGAAUUUCCAAGUAGAUCUUGGGAGUGAAAGGGUGAACUUACCUUUUUCUUUUCCCCUUCUUCUUUCCCAUUUUUCAAUUCAUGCACUCUCCCUCCCCUUCCUGUUCGUAUUCCCGAGACUAUUCCAUUUUCUUGCAUUCAGUUUCUCCCGCCCAACCUAUUGAUUUCUUUUUUCUUUCUUCACCUGUUUAACGAAAAGUUCUGUUUCUCUUUUUUUUUUUCCUUAGAAACGCUCCUAUCACCCUGGGGAGACGGCACCUCUCCGAUCCCCGUAUGAUUUUGACGACGAUGGAAACGCCACUAGCACAUCUACCACGGAGCCAUCCAGCAGCGGUUUCCGUAGCAGUGUAACGAGUCGGUUCACCACAGACAACAGUAUCACGGAUACUAUAGGAGAUGAAGAUACCAGUGCACCAGGUGUGUGUUUGAAAUGUAAUUUCUCUCAAAUAUGCCCUAUACAUUCUGCUCAGUCCAAGUAAUAAGAACGUCGCUUUUCGAAAAUUACAGUGAUUUCUAGUCGACACACGAAUGAUGGGACCUACAUUCUGGGAACUAAUUUUUCUUUUUUUGUUCUAAUUUCAGAUGGAAAAUCGCCAAAGGCCAAGUACCCUGAUAAUCCUGAACUCGGUAAGUCGUUUACGAUGCGUAAACUCAAACAUUUCUAUGUUUUAACUCCUUUGUAGUCAAUAUUUUGAUGGUCACGAAACUAAGAGGAAAAUAAGGGGUGAUGUUACUUCGUCACGUAAUAUUAUUGUGCAACGAAACAUCUGUAACACAUCUUUGGUACAGUCAGAUAAAGGCUAACAGUCUUGUGAGUAUAUAUAGAGUGGGUAGCAUUAUAGGCGCGAUCUGAUUGGCUACUCAAACUCCAAAUAUCCCUUGCUAAUCACCUCCGAGCAACGCGUGCGCGAUUUGCGCCCGGAAAGAUGGUACUCGUUGCAGGAAGAAAUGCGUUAAUAUGACCUUUAGUGCUACAGUAUUUCACUGUUUUGGUAUAUACUAAAACAACUAUUCUCCUCAGUAUCGGUGGUAUGAGGUGGAUAUUUGCCGAGCCGUAUGUCCACCACGAGGCACCUCCCCUUCGGUGAAUAGGUGUUAAUGGCUGUUAUUACAGCUCCGAACGUCAGUCUUGUGGUAUAGCGGUAUCCGCGUGAAAAUACACGGAAACGAGGCUAUCAGGCGAGAGAACAUAAAUACUGCAUUAGAAAUAUUUGAGUGUCCAGGACCAACUCCAAUUAGGUUUGGUGAAAAGAUAUCUCCGUUCAAAUUUAAGCAAUUUCUCCUACUCUAACUUGAGCAGGAUUCGAACCUCUGACGUUGCUUAAAAGGUUCGCGCUUUGUUCUCCCGCACGAAACAGUUGAGGAAAAUUACACGAAUUAACUCUGGUUUCAAGCCCGCUUGGAGUUUCUAAACUCUUAUUAGACAAGUAGACAGAGGUUUGGUGAACAGGAAUAAGCGAAAUAAGCGCGUAAGUCUGAUUAAGCGUCUAAGUUUUACAGGGACUGACAUAUCCUUUUUUUGUUUUCUUUGAAUCUGUAGAGCGAGCCCGGAAAAUUUGGGAACAGACCGAUAAGUCAGGUAUCCUUACUGUCUGCUAUAUAAUUCUUAUGGUGUUUGUUCGGAGAAUUUUUCAUAAGAUCAACUUAUAUUCCCCUACCUGUCACUUUUUUGUUUUGAAUUUAAGAUAAGGCAUGCUUCUCUCGUAUGCGAAGAUUUUUUCCUUCAUCGUAAACAAUUAACUUUUAUAUUCUAAUUAUAGUUGAAUUCGUUCAUUACAUUAUCUGUGUUACAAAUUGCACAUACCUCCUUGUUUCUGUCUAUAUUGAACGAUAUUUUCGCGGGAGAAGAAGAAAAUUGGAUGAAGCAGGUUACUUCCCCGUCCGUCCGCCAUAUUCACUUAAGUAUGUAUUUGCACUGAUCGCUUUUUUUUUUUUUUUUUUCCCAGAGGUGAGCACCACCCAACCAGAAUCAUCUUCCGAAGAGGAAGAUGAGCGGCCCUCCUCGCCUGGUCUUCCAUCUGAUUCUUCCGACUCUGAAGAUGACCAAGGUACAAAUUGUAUGGUUCUGUAGUGAUAUUAUUUUGACCUCUCGUAAAUUUUUUUGUCACUUUAUUUGGCUCAGUCAGAGUUAGUAUGUUCACGUAUAGAACAGGUCAGAGUAAUUUCCAAUUGAUUGUCGAAAGUAAUCUGGAUUUGCUUUGGUUUUGCUUUGCUUCGGCUGUGAUUGGUGUAAAAACUCGCGCCAUGCUCUGAACCAAUCGUACGCCAAACGAAAACCAAUCAGGACUUGGUCUCCCGCGCUUUCCCGCGCAUUUGGUAGUUUGCCUGUUGUGAGUUCUCGUAGUUCUCGUAUAAUGACGAUAUAAAUCUUCGUUUUGAUUAGCCUUUGUGAUUUCUUUGGUGAUGGUUUUUCUACGGUCAAUUAAAGACUCUAAAACCCACUUGAAAUAAAAUUUUCCCUCAACAAUCUGCCGCAAUUGGGCAAGUGAUAAAGAGUGAGUGACAAAGCAUUUGAAGAAGCCAAUGAUAUGUAUUAACACUGUUACAGAACAAAAUCUAUGUUUUCCAAAUUACGUUACUUUCUUACUUGUAUAUUUACCUCGGCAAAUCACAGCAACCUUUUUUGCGAGUUUCCAUUUUUUUACUUUCUUUCUUAGUUCCGAGUGAAAAUGGAUGGCCAAAAGAUAAAACUCCAAGGAAGAAACGUCGAAAAGGUUAGAAUAAAAUAAUUUUUUAAAAUACAGUCAGCCCUGGUUAGCCUUAGCGUCGGCAACUCGACCCAAGGAUCUGUAUUUUGAUGAAAAGUUUUUGCUGGUUUUUGUUUUUCCUCCAGCUCCUUUCUACGCUUCAGACGGACCUAUGCAUAGCACACCAAUGGGUAAGGAUGUUAAGGAUUUUGCACGCAAAAAAGCAUGUUUCUUACAGAACUAAUUGCGAAUUGAGGGAUGUUUUCAAUUCUUUUGAAUUAAUGACAGAGAAGAGGGGAGAAAGGCAAUUAGACUGACAGGUAAACUGACAGACAGACAAUUAUACUGACAAACUGACUGUCAGGCAGGCAGAAUGACAGACAGACAAAUAGACUGAGAAAUUGACUGACAGACCGAGAGACUGAGAAAUUGACUCACAAAGAGACAGACAGACAGACAGACAGACAGACAGACUGACAGAGAGAGAGAUAGAAAGGGAAACUGAAAGAGAGACUGAAAAAGUGACUGACAGACAGACAGACAGACAGAAAGGCAGACAUGAAGAUAGACAGACAAUGGUCUGGUAAAAAUGUGAUUUAUCAAAAUGGACUCUAUUUAUUUCAUUUGUAUCCGGACUAUAAAAAUGGAAAUUAAUACUCAAGUAUCAAAAUUACCUCGCGCGGGGCUAUGACUGAAAUGUUUGACUUAAUCCACGGCUAAUCACAUCACGCGCAUCUUUUUCAUUUAAUCACUUGGGCAAUCAUAUUUAUACAAAUUUAUUUAUUUUUUCAUGUUCUUCUCUUCCUUACUAACCUUGCCACAGAGACGACACCCGAGGAAGAACCGUUGAGAGAACCUGAGUCGGAAUCUUCCGACACCGAUGACGAAGAGUUACCAACGAUCGAUCGUAAAAAGGAUCAUCCUUCCUUCAAAGCUGUCCCCGAGAUUAUACAGGACAAAGGGGUGUCAGGUUCGGCUGCCACCUCUGAUACGACUCCAUCUGUGGACAGCAGCUUGAAAAAGAAACCUCUGAAGUCAGCUCUCAAGAAACCGAAGAAUCCUAUUCCUAUUCCUGUCAUGGAAGAGCUUAAUGAUGACGAUGACGAUGACAAAUCACUCAGGUAAAGAUUAAGGAACCCUUAAACUCCCAAAUCCAAGCUUUUACCUGACAAGUUUUAGUAUUCUCAUUACUUUUUGGCUGGAUAAUGUAUAGGUAUCACUUGGAGAAUUUACAUAAUGAUCACUUCUGAUAGUCAGCGCGGUAACUUUUAAACAAGAGAGCACGAUGGGAGAAAGAACUCAGUUCCAAACUUAAGUCUUAGAAUACAUUAAUUUAACUAAGUGCAUCUAUAGACGUCAGUCUCUCGUACCGAAGUCGGCUUUUUGAAGGGUUCACGUGAAGGCCUAACUGAUGUGUUUCUUGAGUGUUUUUAGCAAUGUUACGCAUAAACCCGGCCACCUCUCUGCAACGGCCUCUUUUGCCUCCAAGGUGGCCUUUAAGUAGAGGCAGGGGUUUAGAUUAAAGCCAUCUACAGCCUCCAUAAAACCUCUCAUCGCUGUUUAGCCUGCGAGCAUGCUCUUGUGUUUGGGUUUGACCUUACGGCACAACCGCCAUCGGCAGCCGCAUACGGAAAAAGUUAUUGAGACCCUCUAGAAGGCUGACUGACACAUCCUGAUCGAACAUUAACCGCUUAUAUUUAUGUAUUUUUCUGCCACAGCACUGAUCGUCAUCAUCAUCACCAUCACCACAAAGACAAACAUCGACACCGUCGAGACAGACCACGGUCCCGCGCGAGUUCCGUGUCUAGCGAUCAGAAGGAGAAAAAACGCAGAUUUAGGAAGAAAGGUUCCAAGAAGAAGGAAACGUUAGUACAAAUUGGUGGAGAGGAAUACAGAGUGCAGGCUGGGGACCAGUCAAUGUAAGUGUGUCUUUUGUUAUCGUUCAAUGAAAGUGGGAAUGGUUUCUUAGUCCAUGCUCGUGACAAGACGAAAGAACGUCUUUCGUCAUUUCAUCUCUGAGUUUCUCUUAACCUAGUGAUCCCUAAGAGGACUGGCAUCUAAUUUGUACAAGAAAACGAGAAAGAAACAGGAAAGAUUCACCAUCUUUCUUAUUUCAUUAACUCACAGAAGGCUUUUGUCAUCGCUUAUCAAGCAGAGUGGUGGACGCGUGUCACAUAUGAACUAGUAUUGGCCUGGCUAUUAUAGAGUCUCUGUGGCUCAGUGGUAGAGCAUCGUAGCACGAAAUCGGAAGGUCUGAGGUUCGAUUCCUCGUGAAAACCUAGAUCCUUUUCUUUAUGCCACGCUCGAGACAAGACGAAAACACAUCUUUCUUCUGGUGAUCAUGGUUAUUGGCAAUUUUAUCUUCUAUUCUUGAAGCUGUUUCGGGCUCUUUCUGUCUUCUUCAUUUUUCCGCGGCACGAGAGUUGUUUUUUUUUUAAAACAAAUUGAAUCCUGGAGUGGAAAAAGGAGUGGUAAAUAUUUGUUUGAGUGAUUUUAUCACUUUAAGUUUUCCCUAAAUACGAAGAAACAAAGAAAAGAAAAGCGAAGGAUUCAAUAGAGUUCGCCAAUUCGUAAAGGCUCCCUUCCUGAGAUCAGACAACUGUGAUCAUAUAAAUUAAAUUUGAGAAAGAUGUUUUUUCGUCUUGUCACGAGCGUGGGACAUAGCAAAAAAUUCUUAGUCCUCAGACCUUCGGAGUCUGCGCUCUGAUGCUCUACCACUGAGCCACAGAGACUCUAUGGUGAGCAAGGCUCAUUACCAAGUUCAUAUAUGACACGCAUUCUUGCAAACUGCUAGGAUCAACCAUGUUGAUAAUGUCAUGUUUUUUUAUAGAAUAAGAAAGAUGGCAAGUUUUUGAGCUCGGUAAACAAAUGGAAAAAGAUGUUUUUCGUCUUGUCACGAGCGUGGACGAAGACAAAAUUUUGCGUCCCCAUGAGGAGUAAAUGAAAGUUGUUGAACAAUCUUUCAGUUGUACAGCUUGUAAUGCUGCCCACUGUGGUGGUUGGAAGCGUUCUGAUCGUGUGUCAAACUGUGCAGUGUUGUUUUUGGUGAUACAACUUGAGUGUUUAACCACUCAACGGAAAUCUUGCUAGCAGCGCUUUUAUGUUGGUUUACUGCAUGGGGCACUUUUGGCUUUCAGGUUGUUAUAUAGCUAUAAGUCUGUUGAUGAAAUCCUAAUAUGCAAGUUUUCAAUUGAAAGCUGCUGAACAGCACUUUCAUAAGUUUCCUCUCCUUCAACUGUGCAAGGUUACUUUGGUCUUUAAAUUUUGGUGAUGAACUUGAUAACCGUCAGAUGAAAGCUUCUAAGCAGUUUUUUCAUGUACAGUGUUCGAUCUGUUAAAAAAAGUGGUCUCACCUUUUCAGUUUACUUAUAAAAAAUUUAAGGAAACCUAUUCUUAAGCGAUUUCACAAGGAUCUGUUUAUUUUACUCUUUAUGGUAGCUCUACCCUCUCAAGACCGUUCGUGAAACCUUGGUGCAGGAGUAUUUCAAUGAAAGCUAUGAAAGCUAUUAAGCAGUGAUCUCACGCGGUUUUGUUUGUUUCUCUGCGUUUUAAAUUUUUUUCUUAUUUCUUUAUUUUUUUGGAUCUUUAUGAGAGGGACAAAAAUACUCGACGAUGAAUAAAUUGUUGGGGUUAUAAAGAAUUAAACUAUCCAAAAAACAGAGAUAUAUGAUUGAGAUAACCCACAUUAACCAAUUGCUGAGUGAUUGUUGUUCAAGAAAUCACUUGUGGAGUUUUCUUUGUCAGCCAUAACCUUCGGUGAGGGACUUUUUUGUUGGAGGAAUGGCAACACCUUUUGUUGUGCAAAGAAAGAUGGUAAAAAAUUUGUUACAAGGAUGGGAAAAAGGAAAAAUCUGGGUAUCCUGUGAAGAUUGCAUCCCAGGCAGUCCUGUUUUGCUCGUGGGAUGCGCUAGUAGCUUGUGUGAGAGGACUCAUCAAUUGAAGUGCAAGGUUAUGUACUAAUUUGUUUAUGACACGAUUUCUGCAUACCAGUCGAAUCAGAAAUGUAGAAGAACGUAGAAAACGUGUUGUGCUUCCUAAGAACGGGGAAGAUGAUAAAUUCUAGCUCAGUUGUCGAAGUGGAAGAAAGAUGUUGAACGUUUUUGAUAGAAAUUUGUUGUGAUUUUGAGUUGCCUAUUGUUCAAUGUUCGUGAUGGGAACAAAACACAAACUUCUGGCAGACGGAACCUCCUGCGGGUUAAAAAAAUAACUUGUACGUGCUUAUUUUUCUUUAAGCAGCUGUUGGCGUUAAUCUCUCACGUCACGUUUUUCAAAACUUAUCGAAUUUCUCACGGAGAGCAUAUCCGGGCUUUUCUGUUCUCUAUCAGUUAUAUUCCACCGGAAGACACGCGUUUUUUUCAGGCAGACCAUUAUUCUUUCUAAAUCUAUGACAUCCGAUCUGAGCAGAUCAGUCGUGUCUCAUUGUUUCGUACGCUACACAAUGUGGUUGCUUCUCCUCCCACUUUUUGUGGAGAAAAACUGGAUUGCAGCAAACUAAAUAGAACAACAUGUCGAUUUGGUUUAGUUGUAUCAUUUAUUAGGAGUUCUUUUCUGUGAAUACAACCCAAGUUUCAGACAGCGUUUUAAGCUAAUGACCUGCACUCCCGUAUGUUAUUAUUUGUUAACUGAACAUGAUGGUUGUAACAUUUAAACCUCAGGCUAAAAGCCUGGUCUAUGAACAUUGCAAUGAAAGUUUCGGAGCAGCGCUUUAAUUUGCCUUUAUCCAUUGUACUGUGGAAGGUUGUGGUAGCUGUAAGAUUAAAGAUGAUAAACCGGUAUGUCAAAGCUGGCGAAAAAUACUCACUUAGCGGUUAUGGUUUAUUGUACUGACAAGGUACGAGCACUUGGCAUUCAAAUUUUUUGGAUAUUUUUUUAAAGUUUCCCUUUUUUAGGGAAAUGAACUUGAAUUAAUUUCAUAGUCAGCGUUAUUUUCUUUAUUAUGGUACUUUUCUGUGUUUGUUUAUAUCUCAUUUAUGCAAAUUACCUCAACCUGUAGUUUUUCUCUCUCUCAUAACUUGAGCUUUGCGCGCAGUUAUCUUUUAAGAAAACGAACUUAAUGAGUUAUGUGAUUUUUGAGCAAGAACAUGGCUGUGGGAACCCUUGAUUUGUAUUAACUCCUCUAAACGAUUGUUAAAGUGCAUGCGAAAGACAGUUUGUUUAGACGAGCCAUUUUUCUGGGGGCUUCUUUAGCUGUUGCAAUGCUGUGAUUUUAUGAACCUCGCUGGGGUCUUGCUUCGUAGGGGUCCAUAUCAAAGAACGUUUUUAGCACCCUGUUGCGUUAUUGUUUUUUUGUACAAUAUGUAAUUACAUUUACUAGUGUUGUACAUCCAAAUCUCGCCAGAAGGUUGAAAAUAAAAAGUACCGCUUAAUUAACCCAAAUUACCUCAUAUGUUUUUUGAUAACGACCAACGUUGACAAGACAAAAGAAGUGUUUGCUUUCCUGCGGUUAAGGUAUCCUGUGGCGGCCUACUGCACAGAUUAGGUCUUUGAUUUUUUUGUUCAAGGUCUUGGUAAGAGAGCUGUACGCGCUUCUUUCCUGCUGCGAAACCCAAAGGUUUUUUCCUUCUUUACGUCUAAGAAUGGUUGAACAAUACGGAUCACAACAGAUGCCAAAUGAUAAACAAGAAUUUGUUUUAAUGUUCUCACUAAUGAGUCUAAUAGAUUUAUUUCACCUUCCCUUCCUAUCACAGCUUGUUUUCUAGUCGUUAAGUUUAAUAAAUUGCCCUAGGAAUAGUUCUCUGUUGGCAUUUUAGUGGCAAAAUCUGGGUUUCUACUCGUAAACGGUGCAUUAGUCUCAAACAGUGCAUAGUUUUGCCUCACUGGGAAUUUGAUUACAAACCUUGUAGUCUCUAGAUUCUUCUGUUGAAUUUGUAAACUUGUACGUUGUGUUCCCACAGUGUCUAAUUAAAUAGUCGACAAAAACCUAUUGUGUGCCUUGUUAAGCAUAAAACUAUUAUUGACUAAAGGCCGCUUGCCAGCUUAGUCGGUUUCCAUUGUUCCGUCACUUUGCGUGUUCUACAACAACUGGAUUAAACGACUUCUCUUUAUAUUCUCGGCAGGUUUCAAGAUUCUCAAGUCUAAGCAAGUUUCUGGGUGCGUAUUUUCCUAUUCUUAUAAAUUAGUGGCUAGUUGUUUUCGUGCUAUUUGAGGUCUUUCUGCAUCGUUGAGUAGCGGUGGGAUUGAAAAUGAGAGCUUACAAGAUAAUGGCUGAUAAAAGGCAAACUGUUACGGGUCAGUGGACUUUCAGGGGGGUUGGAUAUCAACUAUGCGUGGCAAACCGUAGACGAAACCACGAACUCUCGCUUGACUGAGCAAAACGUCUUUCUUUUUCGCUAGUCCAGUCCAAGGCUAGGGUUUAAAGCUCCUACAACCGUUUUGCGUUGACCAAAAAACUGACUUCACUGGUUCGUCCUUAAUUCUUGGUUCAAGUUUUUUUUAAAUGUUUUUGUUUUGAUUUUUAAUUUUUCGGAAAACUUUUGUUACGUUUCGUUUGUACAGUUCAAGUAGGAAGAUAUGAAACAGUGUGAAAACAGAGGAAAUUAUUAAUUGAUCGGGAAAUUUCAUAACGAAGCCAAUAUUUAACCAACCACUGCUAGAGAGACCACAGCCACACCAAGGUGAUCUCCAUUCCAUUUUUCUCCUCUCUUCACUCCUCUGAUAAAUAGUACUAACCCCACCCCUCUCCCCACCACCGCCUUGAAUUACCAGUUGGUUUUAUCCCUCCCUUUUCCGAAAAAAGAGAAAAAGAUAAAACGAAAAUUCAAGGUUUACUGAUUGAAAUAGUUUCAUUUCUUCACUCAAGUCAAGAAGAGGUUCUAAAUAGUGUAUAAUCUCUUGCCCACGUAUGAUGGUAACCUAACUAUGUUGUUAAAUCUGAAAAUAGGGUGGAACAAAACGAGCGCCCUUACUAUUUCUUCUCUUGACUGUCUGUUUCUUUCUGAUGAAAAAUGUACUGACCCAGAAUUGUUUUCUUUGAUGCAUUAUUUCCAAUAGUAAGGCUCAACACUUAUGUUUGCGCAUUACAUCAGUUUCAAGCGAAGUACAACUUCCUUAUCCCUCCCCCGCUAAACUGUUUUAUUCUCCUUUUUCUCAACUUUCCCGUAAAUUCAAGAACAGAAAGUUUUUACAUGCCCUAGUGCCACUUUUCUUAAGACUUCCUUUUUAUUUUCGAAACCUAAAGUAAAGUUCUAGGGCUGUCCUAUUGUAUUGCAGUUUAAUCUUUUAUGUUAGGAUUCACCUUCCAACUUCCUUUGGUAGAAAGUACCUGAACUUGAAAAAUACCCCAAAACGUGGGGUAUUGUUUUGUGAAAAGGUUAUCUUAGCUCAGUCAAAUCUUCCUUAGAUAUUAAUAUUUCCUUCUUUAAUCUUUCUUCUAAUUUUUUUACCAAUUUAUACGUGUUGUGACAUGAAUGUACGUGAGUCAAGGCUGUUUUGAAUGGCGAAUUAGCUGAUAUAAGCCAGAGCUUUGCAAAUACGCACAAAGCUAAUAUUUCCUUUCUCAAAAUCCCUUCCACUAUUGUCCUUCAUCUCGUGUCGUGAGCACGAUGAUUUGUUUUCAGUUUAUACUGAUACAUUUAUUUUCAGUUCCUUUUUAAAAUUCCCUUUCGUUCUCAUCCCUUUUCUCAUGUUUUGAUGCAAGUAAUCAUUCGUGAAUCGAUAGUUAUAUUUCCCGCUAGCAAUUUUGAUCAGUUCGUACGUAUUGUGAUGUAAAUCUUCUUGAGUAAUGAUUGCUUUGAUACCCAAUAAACAAAUAUGGACGAGAGCGUAGCAAAAACGUGCAAAAUUGAUAUUCACUCGUCAAAAAUUUCUUGCACGUGCGUUUUAUAUCUCGUGUCUCGAGCGUGCUUUUUCGUGUACAAAUUUAGACUGACUAGAUUUAAGAAUUUUCUAGAUAUUAAGCCGGCUUCCUCCAUGAAAUUCCCUUCUGCUUUUUUUCACUUUGUGCCAGGUUUUCUAUUUCUUUUUGUUUGUCUUACGCGAAUUUAUGAUACUUCUCGUACGUAUAAAUCUUUCCAAUACCUUGUAAUCUUCUUAGCUUGCAGCUUUAUGUCAGCUUUGUUAACAUGUGCAUGUUUGCCAUGGCUCCAUUCGGACCUUGCUUUUUGUCGUUAAUCAAAAUUGAAGGAUAACUUGGUCGUUUGUGAUAUUGUUCGUCUGUGCGUUUAUUGAAACCUUCCAUUAAGACAAGUGCUUAUUUAUUUAAAACAAAUUCCUCUAUGGCGGUAUUUUAGUGUAGUUUGCAAUUCUUAAAUUCCAAAGCUAUUCAAAUUGUUCAUGUCACGGUAAUGGAUUGUCAUUUACAAAGGAACAUGUCGGUCUUGCACGAGUAACCAGACAUAAAUUUUCAAAUUCGCUCUUGACCAACCCAUUAAAGAUAUUUCCCGGUGAUUUCAUGCUAUUUGAGCAAAAUAUUUGAGCAAUUUGCCCCCCUCCACCCCUCAUAAAUUCGUAUUGUUGUUGUGGUGGACUCAAACCUCCACGCAUUGCCGUUCUCUUCACCUUCCAAUGUUUUACUCCUGGGCCGUUCAGAUUCUGGAAAACUAAAAUUAGAAACUACUUAGAUUAGGGAAAGCGGCUUGCGGUAUUUGCGGCUGAGAAGACGCUACCUUAUUUUGUGUCAAAAUAAACUGAAAAUUGAGUCCAGAGGAAAAAGCUUGAAGGGUACAUUUUCAAAUUUUAUCAGCGCGAAAAUUUUUAAGAAUCGUUUCUUACCAAGUGUGAAACGCAUCGUUUUCCACUCGACAGUUUGUUAACCAAUGACAAGAGAUUGUAUCAGAGUUUCACUAUUAUAAACGGUUUGAAAAGGAGGAAGCAAGUUCUGUAGUCUACAAGACAAAUGCUCAUGGUGAAGUUAGAAAACGUUCAUACUGAACGUCUGAGUAGAGUGCAUGGAAACUUGAAUCAAAAGUUUCAUUUGGAGUAGUAGUUUUUUUUUCUGCUAAAGUUUUUAACUUCCUUUUAGUUCAUCGUAACUGAUAUAAGUUUAAGCGAUUUUUUAACGUAUGUCUUUUUCUUUAUAUCGUCCCAAUUUAGAACCAGUCUUCAUUGUAAUAUUUUCUUGUCUAUUUUCUCAAUUAUAAUUUAUUUAUUUAUCUGUUCUUGCCUCUUUCUUACAGGGUUCGACAACUAGAUAUGAAAGACUACUAGCUUGUACAACUCUCCAAUUCAACAAGCGUUUAUUUAGCUAGAGUGAUAAGCCUUUAGUUUUUUUUAAGAUAUCAAAACUUACUUCGAAAAUGGUUUUGUUUAGUAGCCGUAAGUGUACAUUUAUUUCGUAAUACAACACGGUUAACCGUGAGAUUAAAAAAAAAUCCCACUUUUUUCCUUGAGAAGCAAUUAAUUUUGCUUGUCUUUCUUAUCAGGUUUGUAAAACCUUUGAUAUUGUAUAGAUGCUCUAACGUAUAUUUAGUGCAGAUUUCUCAGUCUUUUUUAAAAUAAGUUUUAGAAUUAGGUGUUUCUUAUAAACCGCUAGUAAGCUUUUGAGAUAAACGAGGAGAAAUAUUUUUAUCGAAUCUCGACAUGAUUGCAGUAUUUUCUUACCGUGAAAUUUUUAAUGAGGUAUCUUGAAGUUUCAAAUUGCAAAUGGAAUAUAAUUUAUUAGAUCUGUAGGAACAGUUAUCUGCUUAAAAAGGCAAAAAAAUCGUAUUUUAGCUUAGCUUUUGACAACGCAUCGGCGAAAGUGGAAGAGAGUUCUUCCAAAUAAACAUUCUUAGUUUUCAAUGUAAGCGUCCUGAGAGUGGCUAAAAUUUACACGCCGACUGUAAAUUUCUUAGCUUGUUUAGCUCAUGAUUUAGUGUUACCAAUUUGAAAUUGAACUUGCAGAGUGUAAUGGAAUCAAAACACUCAAGCAUAGACAAUGUCUAAGACUCCAUUUGAUCUUUUGCGAAGAUGUCCGAUGAGUUAUUUAUUUUACUUCCAGUGUGUUUGGUUUCAAAGCAAUUUCUAUAAAAAGAAAUUACUUCUUAUGUACAUUUUUUGCUGAUGGAACGUGUUAAUAAAGUCUAAAAGGCACGUCGGCUG